AUGCGUAAGGCCAGAUUAAUUUAUUUAAAAUGUAGGCCUCUGAAUUCACAAACCAUCGUGUGCUGUGAAAGCUACCAACUAAAUGAGGCUAGGGAUGGUUGUAAAGAGUGUGACCCUGGGUACUUUCAGCACAAUUGUACACGUAAAUGCCCGGAUGGUUCCUUUGGUGAACUUUGUAGAAAUCAAUGUAAAUGUAAACCAGGUCAGCUGUGCGACCAUGUGAUCGGCUGUAAGGAUGUUUCACACACUGUUGGAACAUCAAGUCAAGAUCCUGUUGGACACUGUCCGGAUAAUGAGAAUGGAUGCUGUAAUAACUAUUACAAUAACGGUACUGAGUGCAUAGAGUGUUCUCCAGGAUAUUUUGGUUACGAUUGCUCUGAACCAUGUCCGGCGGGAUAUUAUGGAGAACUUUGUGCAUCUGAGUGUACAUGUAAUCUGUCUCUGUGUGACCGUGUGACUGGCUGUAGUAAUGCCGGAUCAAACACGGAAGAAGACGAAUCUAUUUUUUCAUGGAAUAGUUAUGUGUUGCCAACAGUGACAGCAGUGGGAAGCUUAAUUGUUCUUUUUCUUAUUGGUAUUGGAUUAUUUUUUUAUUGCAAAAGAAGGAACGUGAAAAAAGGAUACGAGCCAAAACAUAUUAACAGUGAGUACAUAUUACCAACAACACCAUUAA